UUUACGUAUAUCGUCGCCGCCGACCUUUACUAUAUUACAGAAGGUCCUGGAAAAAGCUAAAAAGGCCUAAAUCCGAAUUAACACAACACUCCAGUCAUUUGUUUCCUUGUGUUGAUCAGUCAGUGGGUGGUGUGUUACGCAUGACGUCAGCGCGUCGGCGGUGACUCCUGUAGAUUUAUGAAUGAAAUGGCGAGAGGUGACGUAGCUGGAGGUGAGGGAAGUUUUAAUAAAAGGACACGUGAGGGUUUGUGGGACUAAAGAGACUGAAGAGCAAACAAGUGAACGCGACAUGAUUUGGACCAUUUUCCUGCUUUUCCAAGCUGUGCUGCUGUAUGUUGUUCUCACACACAGAUCGAGGUACGUAACUUUUCUUACAUACUUGACUUUUGGUGAAUUGUAAACAACGAUAUUUGUGCUGAAAAAGGGAAAACCUGAAACACUAGAAUUAAAGGAAUUUUAUUCAAUAAUUUCACGGGCGUUUCUGCAGCUGUUUUUGUUGCAGAUUUAUGCUUAGUACAAUUAAAACCCGACGCUUUACUUCUUGAUCAAUUAUAUGAACAACUUUGUAAACACUGCAAAUACCUCACCGCCAGAUUUUGUGAGUUUAACUGGUUUUCCCCACUCCAAGAAUGUGGUAAAACUACAACAGAGUUGAAACUGGAUAACCUUUUAAAGGUGUUUAAAUUCACUUUUGUUUUCUAUUACCACUGUUGUGAUCAUGUGAUGCACCUGAUCAUUUCUUAUCAAAUCUCUGUCACUAUUUUCCUGACCAUAGCUUUUGUGAUUGUUAUCUCAUGAAAAUAGGUUAGUCGUACAAACACAGAUAGCACCGGGCUUGAUUACUGUUAUCAUUUUCCUGUAGGUUAAGUAGCGUCUCUAUCUUUAAAACAAUAGUGAACUAAAAAUAUUAAUACAUGUGUCUAAAAAAAUUUCAGCAUACACUGUAUCAUAAAAUUCACUUGUCAUUUUUAAAAAUAUUUUUAUUUUAGACUGAAGAGUGAGCCCCCUCUUGACAAAGGGGUGAUCCCAUGGUUAGGCCAUGCACUUGAGUUUGGAAAGGACGCUGCCAAGUUCUUGAACCGGAUGAAGCUGAAACACGGCGACAUUUUCACAGUGAGUAGAACAGUCUGGAAGAAGAUGAACAUUUUAGGCAGCCAUCUAAUUUCUGUCACUUUAAUGUUAAUUCAAAUACAUGAAAAAGUAAUUCAACCAUAUAUUAAACUUCUUAAAAUAAUUGGGUUUGUUAGUAAGCUCAUGAAAAGCAACUUGAUAGACCAUGAAAACUUAUUUACAAGAGCAGUCCAGUAAAAGCUACAGAUUACAAUGUUAGCUUCUCGAGUUUCUACUUGUUUUUGUGUAGAUUCUCCUACGCUAUAUGAAAUCUCAUGCAUAAUAAUUAUUGAGGAUUUUGCUGAAUCAAUAUGUCGUAUUUUGGAUCCAUACCAAAAUAUAUUUCCAGAGGACUGAUCUUGAGUUUUAUUCAACAUUUAUAUAAUAUUCAAGUAAAACUACACUUUCUACUUUUUUGCCUAGAAACUCUUUAGUAGUUAGAAUAUCAGAUGAGUAAAACAAGAACAUCAGUGGCAAAUGAUCUUCUGUGUUGCGUCAGUAUGUAUUUCAAGCAUUUUCACCAAUGAUCUCCAGGUACGUGCAGCUGGACGUUAUGUGACAGUUCUGCUGGAUCCUCAUUCAUACGACACAGUCAUCAAUGACACAGACUCCCUGGACUUCGGCCGGUAUGCUCAGGUUCUCAUGGAGAGAAUCUUCAACCUGCGACUCCCACACCACCAGCCGUCAAAAGAAAAAGCAAUGAUGAAAAAGUAUGUACCCCAAAUUUAGACCAAAAACCAAAAGUAUAUUCUGAUAUUUUCAUUUUCAAUUCAUGUCAAAGUAGAGACGGGGAAUUUGUUAGUGGAAUUCACCGGCCGAAGUCUCGUGCUCGGUUUAUUUCUGUAGAGCACCACUCCUAUUUUCAGUUAUCUAUUUUUAGGCUUCCUUGUUUUAUUAUUGCUCAGUCGUCAUUCACCAGUUAUUUAACAGAGCCAUACUAAAGACAAACAAAGCUGAUUGUUUUCAAGCGUCAAACUGAGAAAAAAUGAGAACGGAUAGGAAAGCCACAAAACUGUUUGUGUGUUUAUAUGUCAAACAUUUGGGUACACCACAUUUCAGAGGUUGCAUGAGUCAUAUCAGUUGUAUUUUGUUCUCCUUUGUUUACUGAUAUUUUUACUAUUCUAGCAUAAUUUUAAACUCUUUUACCAAAGUUAUAAUACUUAAAGGAAAUAAUAGGUGGGAAACGUAGUCAUCGGGCUCCUUUGAGGGAGAGUUACAGAGUAGCUGCGCUGUUUUCAUAACAUCAUCAAUCAGUGCGACGUGAAUUACAGGACUUCUCUGUGUAGAACAGCAGUUAACCUUUUCCCUUGGUGUCCGCAGGCACUUCUCGGGGAUGAAUUUGUCCGCCCUAAACAGCACCAUGAACAGACACCUGCAGGUCCUGUUGAAAGCUGAGAUGCCUCAGAACCAGAAAGACUGGAAAGAGGAGGGACUGUUCAACUUUUCUUACAGCUUACUCUUCAAGUAAGAACCCCCCCCACAUACACACACACACACACACACACACACACACACUCCAAGCUAUUUGUGUCAACUGAAGAGUGUUUUCAUGUCAAAAGUCAUCAGCUAAACAGUUUACACACCGGUCAGUCCUGAGGUCCUCUGUUAGUAAACACAGUGAGAAUCACUGCACCUUUUUCGACAUAAACCUUCAAGAUCAUGUUUCCGUAAGAAUUUUGGCGGGACAGAUAUAAAUCUUGCUGUUGUUUUCUCCCUUGAUGGUAUGCAAUUUCAACAUUGACAAAGGGUUUGGACUUGUCAGAUUCUUUUCAGUUUGCUCGUGGAAACAUACCAGGUCAAAUGGGGUUGUUCAUGUGUGAAGGAAAACUGUGGGCUGCUUAUCCUGACAUCGGAACAAAAAUGCUUUUUACCUGUUCAUGAACCAGAGUGUUCCCUGCACGUUCUGACGUCUUUUUUUAUCUCUGUGUUCUCUGCAGGGCGGGGUACUUGACGCUGUUUGGAGGAGAGAAAAAUAACAACAGCAUAGAUCCCUCAUAUGUCUACAACGAGUAUAAGAAGUUUGACAGCUUAUUAACCAAGAUAGCAAGAGGCACGCUGAAGCCAGGUAAAGACUUCCCCUCAGCACCGGCUAAAAGCAACAAAAAUGACAAAAGAAUAAGCUGUUUUGUCACUUGUUUCCUUCUAUAACUCGUAAAAAAAGGCACCUAUAUUUAUUCCUAUUCUUAGCUAGCAAAAACUCCUGAUGACUGAUACAAUUUGUCGCAGAUUUGUUUAAUACAUUACACAAGGUUACUUUUAUUUAACUGUGUGUUACAUUACAAGUCAUUCAACAGGACAAAGUGCAACAUGUGUCCUCACUGUUUACAUUUGUCAGUGUGUCUUGGGGAAACAAGCUCUGACAUCUUUUUCACAAUUGUUAUUUGGUUGCCUUGGUGAGGUUUAAUUACUCAGGUGCUUACAUAGCGUCUGGCAGUGUCUUAGUGUUUUGGUAGACCUUGACAGUUCACAUUCAUCGUCAUAGUCCUCUGCAGACCAUGAUCUGACUUGCGCAUGUAGCUCACUGCUUCAUCUCCUCAGGCCUCAUCAUUCAUUGCGUUGCAUCACUGACUUAUGAAUCCAUCUGUUUCGCUAGCAAUAAACUGAAAAGGAGGCUAAUUACAACACUAUUGCGUAGCUCCUGUCAUACAUGAAUAAUUGCCCCUUCCCCCACCCCUUUAGUUCAUCUUUUUAGUGUUUCAUACAGAUGAAACUCGGCUCUUUAUGCUUACUCACAUACUCUGUGGUGUUUUUCCUGUGUGACAGAGGAGAAGAGGACAGCCCAGAAUGUCCGGCACAAACUGUGGGAACUCUUGGCUACAGCAGGUCUGACUGAGGACUCAGGGUUGAGUCCCUGGCUUCGAUCUUACAGGAAACUCCUGCAGGAGGAGGGGGCUGAUGAGGAGACGCAGAGGAGGGCUGUACUGAUGCAAGUGUGGGCCACACAGGUGAGUCAGAUAAUCGUCAGAUGAUGAAUUCGAUGCAGCUGUGUCAGCGACCGGUUGUUUUUGUCCCCUAUGUCUCUAAAAGACUUAAAUUCAGUCAGAUGAAGAUGUGGAUACAGAACAGUACUCAUAUUGGGCACAUGAGGGUGCUGUUCACCACUCCUUUCAUGGCUGAUAUUUAACAUUUUAGAGGGAAAGCCUUGAAAUCACUUCAGAAACAUAUAAAGGCUUUUAAAUGUUGAAUGAUGACAUGUAAACCCCUCUCUUCAAAAUAAGAGAAACAGCAGCUUUACUGAGAUUUAGGAGUUCAAGCUGUUUGAAGAAACCUGAAGAUUCUCUAAUCAAAUACAUUCGUUCCCUUUCGAGUUGAAAUAUUUUCUGAGGAUAAGGAGUAUUGUAGCAACAUCAUCUUCUCAUGUUAAAAAAAAAACGCUACAGCUCAAUAAAAAACACAAAUGUGUGUUUUUCACUCACUGGAUUUUUCCUGGUCCUGCUUUCUUCCAUAGUUGUCACUAGACAGUAUUUAGUCAUGCAGUGCUGCUGGAGGAAGGGUUGCACCAAAUGACUUAAUCAGAUGCUUACGUCAGCGUUCGUCUUACUCCACACGCUGCUUAUUCAUCCCUUUUUGUAUUUGUCACCAUGGUUUAUUUAUAUUUGUUUUCAAGUUUGAGUCAUAACUUUUCGGUUGUGUCUGAGUCACAUUUUUACAUUUCUCAAGUAACUGAAAUGAGAAUACAUUUGCAGGAUGUGCUAGCAGAGUGAAGGAUUAGUAAAACAUAAUGCAAUAAUGACAAACAGGAUUAAAAUUAUUGUAAGUGCUGUGUUAUUAAAAUCAUUCAGCAAAGUAUAACUGUUGUCUACACCAGAAUCUUUUCUACACCUGCCAAAAGUGUGGAGACUGUCAUCUUAUUUUGACAAGUUUUAUGAGUGUACUUGUCCUUAUCAGCACCACAGUUUAUAUAUUGUGGAGUAAACACUGUUUUGUUGUGUAUCUGCAGCCACAAAAGGGCACAUUUGUAGGUUAUUUAUUCAGUGUUCUCUAUUGUAUGUGUUUUCCUGGCAGACAGCUCUCAGGUUUUUGUCCUGCCCUUGGUAGCAGGCAGAUGGCUGGGGACCUCAGGUUUCCAAUGGCUUUCCUUUUUAAGUAAACCAUUAGCGAGCUGCGCUUUGCCAGUAGUGAGACAAUCCAGAGCCUGACUCUUCUCAUCUCAGACACAUGAAAAGAAGCCGUUCUUUUUAAUCUGGUCUGCAGAGUCAGAGUCAUUAGGCCUGUUUUUUAUUAAUCAAACAUCCCUGUAAUUCAUGUUUUGUUGCUAGCCAAACAAAGGCUCCACAUGAGAAGUAAACAUGACAUGUGAUGGUCUUACUUACCAAAUAACCAUCUGUGUUGUUGUCACUAUGCAGUUCCAGAGCAGGAGACACAGUCUUAUCUUUGCCUUAAUCCAAGUCUUUGUUUGUUUCCAGGGUAAUGUUGGUCCUGCUGCUUUUUGGCUGUUGGGCUACUUGUUGACAAACCCUGAAGCUCUGACAGCUGUGAAGACAGAGAUGGAGAUUUCAGACACCUCUCUGCUGGACACACCUGUGGACACCCCUGUAUUUGGUAAGAGCUCAAUCCCAGCUUGUGUAAACAGAGAGAUAUUUUGAGAUGGAGGCUGUUCUAUUGGCAAGAAGAUAAAGUUGAAACAGAUGCCUGGGAUGCCUUUUUUUUAAGAUGGAGCAAUAAUGUAUACUCUUAAGGCUGAAUUUUGCAGUGAUUAACAUUUUAUGUGUGUAGUAUAGCAAAAACAAAAACGUAUUAUGGAAGACAAAAUCUUUCCUUUCUGUCCUUUACAUCUUUUUUUUUGUCCCUUACCAGACAGCGCCUUGGAAGAGACACUCAGACUCACUGCUGCCCCCUUCAUCACCAGAGAGGUAGUGCAGGAGAAGACUCUUCAGAUGGCUAAUGGUCAGGAGUAUCUGCUGAGGAAAGGAGACAGGGUGUGUUUGUUUCCCUACAGUAGCCCUCAAAUGGACCCUGAGAUCCACCACGAACCACAGGUUUGUUGCUCUGUUCUGCUGAAGUAAUAUCUCUCAAGUCCCCCAUCUCUAUUGCUUUAUUAAGAUCUUUCUGUGCUGGGUUGUAUUGAUUGUUUUUGGCACUAGCAGUAUGGAGACCAAAGUGUGAUUAGUGUGGUUGCUUACAUAAGGUGGACUCGCCGCCUACACAAAGCUGACCCUGUGGUUUCAGUGAGAGGUCAAACCCAGAGCUGUGGACCAGUCAGGGAUUAUCAGAGUAUGGGAACAGGAACAAAGCUAAUAGAUGUGGGAAGGACAUAGUGGAGUUGGGAUUUUAGUGGAGAAAAAAAAAAAACUCUGCUUACUCCACAUACAAUUCACUAUAUGAUCAAGCUUAUACCUGGUAAAGCUGUCCUCUCACGGAGCUUGCAUCUGUUGUUCCCUGCUAAUAAAUGUGUUUCCUUUCCAGAUAUUUAAAUAUGAUCGCUUCCUGAAUGCUGAUGGAUCAGUGAAGAAAGAUUUUUAUAAGGCGGGGAGGCGACUGAAAUAUUACACCAUGCCAUGGGGCGCAGGAGCCAAUGGCUGUGUCGGAAAGCGUUUUGCCAUCAAUACCAUCAGACAGUGAGUGUCCUAGAAUGAGUUCAACAUUUAUAAUCAAUGUUCAGAUGUCAAAUGUGUCACAUUCACAGACUUAUUUUACCUUUUAGUGAUAUCUGCUCGAAUGUUCCUAAUUCAAUGUCCCAUCUGUGUUUACUCGACAGGUUUGUUUACAUGCUGCUGACUAACUAUGAUUUGGAGCUGUGUGACCCAAAUGCUCAGAUGCCGGAGGUAAACGCCAGUCGUUAUGGAUUUGGGAUGCUACAACCGGAGCGGGACUUGCCUGUCAGAUAUAAACCUAGAAAUGCACACCAGGACUUUUAAAGAAGC